AUGCGGGGUCAGAAGGUCGUAAGCACCGCAGCGGUUAGUCGUACUGGCGACGUUUUUCUGCGUGCCGCCGACAGCCAUAGAUCCCACGCGCCGGCCCGCGCCAAACUGGUAAAUCUGCUCUUGCGCAACUCGGAGACUACAGUUGGUUUCCAAUUUUAUGUUGACCGGUUUCAAAGUUGUCUUAGCCUUCUAAUUUCGGCUCGUUUAGAUUGGAAAAUACACCGCAGUGGAAGAUAUCGAAAUGAAACUGCGGCCAGUAGUGGACAUAUUCCGCGCCUCAACUCAUGUAUGAGGAGAGUGAACAAGCUGCAGCGGCGAGGGUGUGGGGCGCCGUCAGCGACCCACGUUGUACAAACUCGGGCGGCGGGAUGCCGUGCACAAAUCAACAGGCCAGCCGCGCUUAGAGGAACCCCCGGAGCCUUGACUUAUACAGGGCUACACGGUGACGCGGUCGCAGCCCUGGCCCCCCGGCGCGAGCGCAGCACCGACACUCGCACCUCCGCGCCCCGUAACGAACAAUAUAAAUGUGCUGUUUGCUGCACCGCUGCGCUGAGCAGACGCUUCAAGAUAGUGCCCUGUGCUUCUCGCUGCCUUUCAACGCCGACUUUCAUUAGCUUGGCAGUGGCAGGAAAAAAAAAACUUUUUAGCGGAAGCGACAAAUCCCUCGAUCGGACAAAGCCGUGGCGCGAUGGGGUCGGGGUCAAAGGACAGGAUUUUUCUCACCUGGCCGAGCGGGCCGGCAGCUGGGCUUGUCUCGACUCAUCACUUGACUUGGGAGAAAGGGAUGCGGCGCCCAUGUGA